AUGUUUCUCUCCAAAAAGUCAACCGCCAGUGAUCUCUGGACCGCCAUCUCUUCUCUCUUCACCGAUAAUAAUGAUUAUCGGGCCAUUCAACUUGAAGAGAAAUUCAAGUCCCUCAAGAAAGGCGCUCUCUCCAUUCACGAUUAUUGCCAAAUAAUCAAAACCACGGCGGACAGUUUGGCCGAUGUCGGAAAUCCAAUUUCCGACAAACAACUCGUCCUACAAACCCUACACAGCCUUCCGAAAAAUUACGGGACCAUCGCCAAUCUCUGCUCCUUUCAGAAUCCCCUUCCCACUUUUCUACAGACUCGAUCGCUUCUUCAGAUGGAAGAAACAAGACUUGCUGAACCUGAGCAGACCGCUGCUGUUUUCUACGCCUCUAACGCGAAUUGUCCAUCCAACAGUUGCAAUAGUUCCCGCGGAGGUGGUUCUUCGCGCUAUCAGCGUGGGGGUGGCCGAUCUAACCGUCGCUGA